CGGGGCGGGCGCAGUGCUUGGCGGCCCCGCCGCUCUGUGCCACGCACGGCUCUGCGCGCUGCGGCGGCGGGCGGAGCACUGCUCGCUGCGGCCCUCGGGCGCCGGGCGCAGAGGCGUCGCCAUGGGGGUGCACGGCGUCAAGGCGGUCUUCUUCGACCUGGACAACACGCUGGUGGACACGGCGGCGGCCGGGCGCCGCGCCAUCGAGGAGGUACGCGGGGGCGGCCGAGAGCGGGAGCGGGGCGAGCGGCGGUGUCCGGACGGGCUCUGUUGUGCGUUGCAGGUGGUGAACGCCCUCCGCUCCAAGCACCACUGCGGGGAGGGAGAGGCCCGCGGGAUCUGCGACAAGGUGCAGGCGAAGCUCCUCAAGGAGUGCCGCGACCCCGCCAAGACGUGCAUCACCGACCUGCGGAUCUCGCACUGGGAGGAGGCGAUCCAGGAGACCAUCGGCGGCGAGGCCAACCGCAGCCUGGCCGCGGAGUGCUACUUCCUGUGGAAGGCCACCCGGCUGCGGCACCUGACGCUGGCCGAGGACACGCGGGGCAUGCUGACCGAGCUGCGCAAGGCCGUCCGCCUGCUGCUCCUCACCAACGGCGACCGGCAGACGCAGCGCGAGAAGAUCGAGGCGUGCGCCUGCCAGCCCUACUUCGACGCCAUCGUGGUGGGAGGCGAGCAGAAGGAGGAGAAGCCCGCGCCCUCCAUCUUUCACUACUGCUGCGACCUCCUGGGCGUGCAGCCGGCAGAGUGCGUCAUGGUGGGGGACUCUCUGGACACCGAUAUCCAGGGAGGCCUGAACGCUGGCCUGAGAGCGACCGUCUGGUUAAACAAAUCGAUGGCAGCCCCAGCAGAUGCCUCCCCAGUGCCUCAUUAUGUCAUUUCCUCUGUCCUCGAUCUUCCGGCGGUGCUGCAGAAGAUAGAGCACAAGGUGAAUGCUAAGUUAGGGACUGACCGUGUGGUGAGCGGUACGGAGGCACGCUGAGGGCUGCAGCGCGGCAGGGACCUGUUGGCUGUGCUCUUGCUAAAAAUCUGACCCUAGGAUUUUGAACUCGUGUAUGCUAUGUUUUCUUAAACAGCGGGUGGGCGAGGAAGAACACGGUUGUCAGUGAAACAGGGUAAAUACAGAGUACUGGAUUAAUUUAAGGGAUGCAAGCGCGGUUAACUUAAAGUAACUGCCUGUACCUGGAAAUUACUUUGACGGACUGUGGCUAAAAUAUAUUUGUCUCUGACCAAAGUCCCUUGUUUCUAUACUGGAAAAAAAAAUCUGAAUGUUUUGAUCAUUCGGUGAUGGUUAUUUGCUUUGCUGACCUGUAAGUUCAGCAGAAGCUUCAGUUCAGACCUUGCUUGCAGCACAUAAAACACAAAGGUGAGAAAGUGUUUUGCAAUUUGCAGACCUUCGCAGUCCAUCUACAGCGUAUCUCAGAAACUGAAGUGAAUUUUGCUAUUCCUAAAAACGGAAUUUAUUGAUAGAACUUAUAUAGCGAACAACUAGGAAGUGAUUUUUCUCUGAUCCCUUUUCAAGUUUUAGCAUUUUUUUCAGUCUUUGCAGUGACUUUUAUGGAAUCUGUACCUGUUGCCAAAAGUACUUCAAUGUACAUACAAAUUUGCAUUUGUCCAGGGGACCAUUUAUCAGAGGAACUCAGUGGGUAAGUUUUUACUUUACAUCAUCUCGGUGCUACAAAAAAGCAGUGUACUUGUAAAUCAGAUUAUGAUUUUUGUUGAAAUAUAAUUGAUACAACAGAGAUACUUUCAGUGAUCAUUUUAACCGUACCGUAACUUCUUUGGCAGUUCAUAUUAUUGUUCUGUCUGAUUUUAUUAGAGAAUUUUGAUCAGACUCUUUGGAGAAACUGUUCUUGGUCUUGCUCAGGUACAUGACCACUCAGAUUCAGCUGCAGGAUCAGUGCUUUUUUUGACCGUUUGAAUGGCACUGCUGUACAAUCCCUCCUUACUUCCAUUUCCACAUGUGUCUCAUGUGAUUUACUCCGGAGAAGAUGCGAGUUAGUUGUUUGUAAAUGGCUUUCAUAACGCUUUUCCAGGAAACCAGAAAACUUGGAAAAUGAUGUCAUAUGUAUUUACAGUGCUGUAUACAGUUUCAUGGUGUGUAUGUGCAUUUGGUGGAACAUUUGAAACUAGAUGUUAUUGACAUCACCCUCUGAAACACCAGGAUUUCUCUUUCCCAGAUUAUUAUUUUAAUAAUUUAAACUUGCUGUACUUCCUGUACUUACAACAAAAGAAAUAAGAAAAUUUUGGGUGAGUGUACACAAGAAAUGUAUAGAAAAAAUGUACCUUUGUUUACGUGAAUUUUAAUUGAUGCUGUUAAGAAAGUCUAAUGUAGUGUCAUGGAUUCUGUUUAGAGGAGGGUGUUAAUCUGGAUUAAAUUACUUGGCAGUGAGUAUAAUUUCCAUCAAACUAAGUUUUGCCUACCUUGAAAUAGGUUGACAUGUUUGUUCAAGUUUGAACCUCGUUCAUCAAAUCAACACUUGGAAAUGGUAGAACUAUCCGUGUUCUUAUUGUCAUCUAGCCAAGACCUUUCAGAUGCUAGGAUGACUGAGAGCAGAGGCAGGUUCCACUUGUACCUAUGAGGAAACAGGCAUAACUCACAAGUGAUAUAGUGAGUUGCCACGUGUAAUGUGAGCCAGUGGGACUGACUGGACACGCCUUUGUUACUGGAGUAAGAGGCCUAAGUUACAAUUUUAUUUUGCCUUUGGGAGAAUAUGUGAACAGUCACUGUUGUAUAGCUGAUGGGCAAAACAUUGCUAAUAACGUUCCUUGUAAUGAGCAACUGAGAGAAAAGGAAAGAAGAUCUUUGAGUCUGCCAGGAAUAUUAUUUAAAAGUAGAAAUAUAUCCAAAAGGUUAGAUGAAUCCCUGAAAAGAUAGCUUAGUUGAAGUAAUCUAUUUUAACCAUACUGAGGGAAAACAACUUUGUUUACAACAGUGCCCCAAGGUAGCAGCAGUUUAACUGCACUGUUUGCACGGCAUCAGGCUAACAGAACUUGCGUCAAAAUGAGGUUUCUGAACCAGCUGUGAUGUAAAAUAACAAGUAGUAGUAAUUCAUGUUUCUGUCUGUGGGCUUGAAGGAUAUUUAUAUGCCAGGUUACCAUUUUUUAAUGUAAGUUGAGGCUUGUAUUCUCUUGCUGUUGCAUCAUUCUGAAGUAAGAUGCUGAGCCUGCUCGUUGUUUAAAAGGUCUCUUGUUUUAUAAGAGUCCAUUCUUUGUUUUGCACUUGGUUUUAGCCAGUUAUUUUCUUAUAUUUAUGAUCUAUGAAAAAAAUGCUGUAACUGAACACUCAGGGGAUAGCGUGGUCUGUAGAGGCCACACCUAAAUACACUUUUUUUCCAUUGUGAGUACUGUACCAGGCUGGAUGUGACUACCAGCUUCCAGUUAGGGCGAUGUUAUUUUGAUGCUGCUAUAAAACAAGAAGAAAAGAUACAAGGUAUUUUUCCAUCGGAAGUCUUCCUAGAAGCCGUUACCCAAAAAACUGGAUUAGGUAUCUGGAAUAUCUGAAUACUCAAGAUGGUUUUCCUUGAUGGAGCUGUUACAGAAAACCAAGUGAAAAAUAGUUUUAUUAAUGGAAAUGGAAAAGUAAAUGUAAUGGUGUAAUCACUUUCAAAUCAGAAGUAAAAAGAAGUGAAUAAAAUUGUCUGUAUUCAGUUCCAGUUAAGUUCUGGUUUUGCUUAGUGAUAUGCUUUAUUAGAUAAGUUAUCUAGUUUAAAUUAUACUACCAAAACACACUUAAAAAAAGAGAACAGGAAAUUCUAUUUAUUUUUAAUCGCAUUUUCUCAGAUAAAUAUCUCCUGAGGUUAAUCUUCAGUAACUUUGCCUUCAGAUUAAAUGAACUGUAACAACAGUAUACUAACUGUAUUUAAGACAACCCAUGUACUAGUCUAAUAAAAGUAUUUUGUUUAUAAAACA